UCCCUCAGACACAGCAGAUCACCGAUCCAUGGAAAGAGCCGAAGAUGUUGGCUCAGUCAUGUGAUCAGCUGUGUCCAAUUACAGCUGAUCACUGAUCAUCAGGGCACUGAUGAUCAGUGUGCCCUGAUGAUCAGUGUAGCCCCAGCAGUGCCACCUGUCAGUGUCCAUCAGUGCAAGCUGUCAGUGCUCAUCAGUGCCACGUGCCAGUGCCUAUCAGUGCCACAUCAAUGCCACAUAUCAUAUACCAGUGCACAUCAAAGCCACAUAUCAGUGCCCAUCUGAGCUGCCUUUUAGUGUCACCCUUCAGUGCCAGUCAGUGCCACCUAUCAAUGCCAAUCAGUGCCACCUAUCAGUUCUGCCAAUCAGUGC